AUGUCGGACACCUCGGACACUGCGAUACAGCCCGUCGAAAAGAAGCAGGGGAAGGGAUGGCGCUUCUGGGCAAUCUACAUCUCACUUUGUGUGUCGAUCCUGCUAGCUGCGGUUGAGUCGACAGUCACAUCAACCGCUUUGCCGUUCAUCUCGGAUGAAUUGCGCGCGGGCGAGGACUAUGUUUGGUUUGUCAACUCAUUCUUCCUCACGAGUGCUUGUUUCCAACCCUUAUUUGGACAGACUGCGGAUCUCUUCGGACGACGAUGGCUGAUGAUUGGCGCUGUGGCCUUCUUCGUACUCGGCAGCGGUAUCAGCGGCGGUGCUAUCAACUCUGCCAUGAUGAUCGCUGGCCGAACAAUCCAAGGAAUUGGUGGAGGUGGUAUCAAUGUGAUGAUCGAUAUGAUCGUCAGCGACCUCCUGCCAUUGCGUGAAAGAGGAAACUUUAUGGGGAUGAUCUUCGCCGUGUUCUCCAUUGGCACCUCCCUCGGUCCGUUUAUUGGUGGUGCGCUGGUACAACAUAGUUCCUGGCGAUGGGUGUUCUAUCUGAAUCUGCCAAUUGGCGGAACUGCUCUCGUCUGCUUAUUCUUCUUCCUACAUGUCAAUUACCAGAAAGAGCCCUGGCAAAAAAAGCUCAAACGGAUUGAUUAUAUCGGCAACGCGCUACUCAUGACCUCCAUCGUUUCGAUCCUGCUGGCCCUCACCUGGGGCGGUACCGCCUAUCCCUGGUCCAACUGGCGCAUCAUCAUUUGUCUGACGCUCGGAUUUGUCGGCAUGAUACUUUUCCAUCUGUACGAGGCCAGCCCGUGGUGCCCUGAGCCCAUGAUGCCGCCACAUAUCUUCGGCAACCGGACCUCCUUUUCCGCUCUGAUCGUAUCCUUCAUCCACAACAUGCUCACCUUCUGGGUCGUCUACUUCAUACCCGUGUACUUCCAGUCGGUCAAGCUAUCGAGCUCGACUCGCGCUGGUGUGCAGUUCCUGCCCAGUGUGAUCCUCGCCGUGCCAACCGCUAUGGUCGCAGGUAUCAUCCUCACGAAAUGGGGCCGCUACCAGCCCAUGCACGCCGUUGGCAUGGGUCUAGCUUUGUUAGGGCUGGGCCUCUUCACACGCCUGGAUGCCGAUUCGAGCGAUGCAGAAUGGAUCAUUUACCAGAUCAUCACCGCCAUCGGUCUCGGUCUUCUGCUCACGACGACCCUGGCCGCGGUGCAGGUUGGCCUGGAAGAGAAGGACGUUGGUCUGGCCACCGCCACCUGGGCGUUUAUUCGCAGCUACGGCGCCAUUUGGGGCAUCUCCAUUCCGGCUGCUAUAUUCAACACGCAGUUUGGGCGCUUGUCCAAUCGUAUCUCAGACCCUGCCGUUGCGGCGCAGCUUGCCGGCGGGGAGGCUUACUCUCAUGUCUCAGCUACUUUCAUCAAGUCUCUGGAGCCUCAGGUUCGGGAUGAAGUCAUCAGCGUGUACUCUGAUACGCUGAAGCUGGUCUGGCAGGUUUCGCUCGCGUUUGCUGCUCUGGGAUUUAUUAUCGUCUGGUUUGAAAAGCAGAUCAAGCUGCGCACGGAGUUGGAGACCGAGUAUGGGAUCAUGGAUCCGAAAAAGGAGAAGGACAGUGAGGCGGAUGUUGCAGCUUAA